CUCCAUUCAAGAGUCCGUAUCCUAUGACAGUUUGCACCUACUAUCUACGUGGUGCGUGCAAGUACGGCGAUAGAUGUCGCAACGAGCAUCCAGCGGAUAGAGCACAACAGAGUGGUUUUGGGAAUCAAAGUUGGACCAAUAAUAAUUCGAGAGACAUAGCAGUUCCAUAUUCCAUUGAAUCAGUGACAAGAGACAUCACCCCUCUACAAGAUAAACCUUCAUGGCCACUGUCAUCCUAUGGUGCUGCGAAGUAUGAACCGGUGGUUAUCAGUGGACUAGACGAGUCGCCUGAGGAACUUCGCGCGAAGGCAGUGACUGCGUUGAAGGCAGGGACUACCAACGAAUAUAUGAAAUAUGAGUCAGACAAAAUAGCUGCCUCAGAACAGGCGUACAACAGCGCCAGGAGCAACGUUCAACAGUUGCAUGAUGCUGCUCUUAAAUUGAGCAAGGAAGCAUCCUCGCCUGGGUCGAGUGCGCUCGGCCAUGUGUCCGCUUUUGGUGGGCUAUCAGCAUUUGGUAGCGGGCCAGCGUUUGGUUCUGGCCCUCAGCCAUCGGUGUCUGGCGCGGCUUCCAGUGCCUUUGGAAAGUCUGCAUUUGGCCAGCCUGCGUUUGGCCAGACAGGGUUUGGCACAUCCGCGACGACGUCUGCAUUUGGACAACCUGCGCAAACGACCUCUGCGUUUGGCCAACCUGCCCAGACUACGUCAACGUUUGGGCAGCCACAGCAAUCAACAUCUGCCUUCGCGCAACCACAACAAUCAACAUCCGCCUUCGCGCAACCACAACAGUCUACGUCUGCAUUCGGGCAGCCGCAGCAGCCAACUUCUGCGUUUGGGCAGCCUGUUCAGACGACAUCAGCGUUCGGGCAGCAGCCAAGCUCUGCGUUCGGGCAACCCUCUGCAUUCGGUUCAGCCACUCAGCCAACAUCAGCUUUCGGACAAUCUUCAUUGAUUAAACCUGGGUCAGGUGCAUUUGGCUCUUCGGCACCUUCCACAGGCGCAUUUGGGCCUCCAUCAUCAGCAUUUGGAAGCACCAGCGCUGGCACUGGAGCCAGUGGCGGUUUUUCUGCCUUUGCACCUCAGCCAUCUGGGUUUGCGUCAGCACCGACGCAAUCAUCAGCGUUUGGACAACCAUCGUUUGGAGCCCCUGCCCCUGGGCCAACACAAAGUGCAUUUGCUGCACCUGCACAGGUAGAAAGUGCUUUUAAUUCUGUGACACCCUCGCAAAGUGCUUUUGGCUCUAUGUCAUCUGCACCAAGCCCAAUCGGCGCGUCCUCCGCAACAUCCCAGUCUGCCUUCGGAGUAGCGCCAGCGACGUCUGCCUUCGGUAGCACAGGCGCCGGAGCUCCAUCCUUCGGCGUUACUGCGCCUGCUACUGCUUCCGCAACUCCGAUGGCAACAACCCCAAUCGAUGCUUCGAAACCGUCUGCAUCAGCACCUGGAUUUUCACGAUCUAAAAUUCAGAUAAAACCUGACAGAUACGCUGCAUUAUUACCGCCAAACUACAUGGACAUAAUACCAGCAGAUGUCAAAGCUGCAUUCGCGGCAGAGAAGUUCGAAUGGGGGAAGGUACCAGAGUGGAUACCGCCGAAGGAGGUGCGGUAGGAUUCAUUGUAGUGGCAGCGGACUAUUGUAUGAGUCGGUCUUAUGUUUUUUUUACAAACUCCAUUAUAGAAUCGCAUUGUACAACACUUCACUAUAUCAAUGUCGAUGUAAGCAACAGA